AUGCCCCCCUCAUUAUUAUUCGGGGCCCUCAGGGGUGCUGCACAUAGGCCCGUGGCGCUGGGUGCAUUCCGCUCCUUACCCACUUCUACCCGCGCGUUACAUGUCAUCGCUUCCCGGCGUUCUCCUGUCCUUGGCGCUUUGCACCAGAAGCAGUCCAGGAAUUUCUCGUUGACAAAUAUCUUCGGCGCAAAGCCCCAGUCGGCUUUGCAGCCGGAAACUGUCGCGGAAGUUGCGAGGAAGGAGGAGUACGCGAACGCACACCCACACGAUGUCCAAGCGCAGCUCGCACUCUUCCAAGCUUACGCGGACCUUGACCGCAAGGAGGGUUGGGAGCUGGUUCUCGCACGCUGGGAGCGUAUGACCGAAUUCGACUCGACUUCACCGUUACUCGCGUCUGACAAAGCGUUCGAGACAUAUCUGUACGCGCUCGCAAAGCUCAACCACCAGUCGUCAAUCGCAUCCGCAACACGCAGGCGUGACCAGCUUCUAGCUAAGCUUCCGGGCGGUGUACCUACUCCCACACCUGUACCAGCGGCGCCGUCGGUAGACGCGACGACAACCGCGUCCUCGGAAUCCACGGUCCCAUCUUCAUCGGUCUCUUCGUCCACUGAAUCCACGCCCGAAUCGUCUCCCGCCCCUCCCCCGUCAAGAAGUCAGGACAUUGCGGACGCUAUUCUCUCUGGCCGGUCUCCCGCUUUCGCUGGCGUCGCGGCCGCCUCUGGGUCUAGCUCUGGCUCUGGUCCUUCAUCCGGCGUACCCCCGUCACUGGCUUCCGCACUUGGCAGGAUUGGUUCGGACGGUCGGAUCGAGGUCACAGUACAUGAACCCAAGGGUGCAUGGAAGGGCAAACUCGCGCGUUCGGUUGCGAUGACCCUUCUCAUCGGCACGCUCGGUAUCACACUGGUCGCAUACUUCUUGGACACGUCUGGGCUCGUCAAGGCGGCGCCUCGCCAGUCAGAGUUUGAGCUCGCCGAGAACCAGAAGCCCGCUCGUUUCUCGGACGUGCACGGUGUGGACGAGGCCAAGGAGGAGCUCCGCGACGUUAUCGACUUCCUGCGCAACCCCACGGAGUUCAGUACCCUCGGCGGAAAGCUCCCCAAGGGUGUGCUCAUGAUUGGUCCCCCCGGUACCGGAAAAACUCUCCUUGCUCGCGCGGUUGCGGGUGAGGCUGGUGUCCCAUUCCUCUUCGCGUCCGGUUCCGAAUUCGACGAAAUGUUCGUGGGCGUCGGUGCCAAGCGCGUUCGCGAACUCUUCGAGGCCGCUCGCAAGAAACAGGGAGGCGCUAUCAUCUUCAUCGACGAGCUCGACGCCGUCGGCGGGAAGCGACAUGCUGCUGACCGACCCUACAUGCGCCAGACACUUAAUCAACUUCUCGUCGAGAUGGAUGGUUUCAAGCAGAGUGAGGGUAUCGUGGUCAUUGCUGCCACGAACGUUCCGGAUAGCUUGGACGACGCAUUAGUCCGUCCUGGUCGCUUCGAUCGUCACGUUCAAGUCCCACUGCCGGAUAUUCGUGGGCGCGCACAGAUCCUGCGGGCGUAUCUGAAGCAGAUCAUCUGUGGCCCUGGUGUUGAUGACAUGUCGCUCGCUCGCGGAACCACUGGCUUCUCCGGAGCGGAUAUCCAGAACUUGGUCAACAUGGCUGCUCUGCAGGCGGCGAAGGAGAAGGCGAAAGAGGUCCUUCCACGGCACUUGGAAUGGGCGCGCGACCAUAUCAUCAUGGGCGCCGAGCGCAAGAGCAUGGUUCUGUCCGCUGAGGAGAAACGUAUGACGGCGUUCCAUGAGGCUGGGCACGCGCUCGUUGCUCUCUACACCGAGGGCGCGACGCCUCUGCACAAGGUCACUUGCAUGCCGCGCGGGAUGUCUCUGGGUCACACUGCUAUGCGCGAGAAGGAGGACAAGUACUCUCGCUCAUACACUGAGUGGCUCGCCAGCAUGGACGUGUCGUAUGGUGGACGUAUCGCGGAGGAGAUCGUAUACGGCAAGGAGAAGGUCACGACCGGCGCGAGCUCGGACUUGCAGAACGCGACACGCGUGGCCAACAGCAUGGUCAGGCAUUGGGGUUAUAGCGACAAGAUCGGCCGUGUCUACCUCGGGGACAACAAACUCAUCUCGCCAGCUAAGGCCGAGGAGGUUGACAGUGAGGUCAGGAGGUUCCUCGAGGAGAGCGAAGCGCGUGCGACCAAGCUACUCAAUGAGCGUCGCGUUGAACUCGAUAGACUUGCUGAGGCGCUCGUCGAGCAUGAGACGCUGGACGCCGAUCAGGCUAGGAAAGUCAUUGCCGGCGAGAAAUUGCCUCCUGUGGACAAGCUCAUCCCACGUCCCGCACCACCUGAAGACUCCGAACCCCCGCCAGAGCCGUUGCCUAAAGGGCCCCGGGGUGGACGUGCACUACCAUUGCCAGCACCGAGGCCAGGUGUGGGCGCGCCUGGGUCACCAUAG